AUGACUCAAGCAAGUGUGAGCAAUUCAAUAAGAAGUGUCACCAUUGCUAUUAAUGAAUUGAUGUUUAAAGAGUAUAUAAAAUUUCCUGCCCUUGAAAGUGAAAGAGAAAUGUUGAAGAGAGAAUUCUUCGAUUACUCAGGUUUCCCGGGUGUGAUAGAUGCUUUCGAUUGCACGCAUGUGGCCAUAGUAGCUCCGCAGAAUGAUGGCAAGCAUCUAGAAAAAAACUAUGUAAAUCGAAAGAAUUUUCAUUCUCGGAAUGUUCAACUGGUUUGCGAUAUGCAUAUGCAAAUCAUGAGCAUUUCAGCCCGAUUUCCUGGAUGCACGCAUGAUGCAUAUAUUUGGAAAAUGAGUCUUCUAAGGGGUUGGUUCAGCGACAACUCUUCCAGAUUAAAAAACACAUGGCUUCUAGGUGAUUCUGGCUAUCCACUAGAGCCAUGGCUCAUGACCCCUCUCACCGAAACAUCAUUGGAGGAAGAAAAUUAUAAUUACAGACAUAGACUUGGGAGAAACAUCAUCGAGAGAUGCAAUGGGGUAUUAAAAGGAAGAUUUAGAUGCCUAUUAAAAGAAAGAGUGCUGCACUAUACGCCAACAAUUGCCGGCAUGAUUGUGAAUGCGUGUGCAGUACUGCACAAUAUGUGUAUGAGAGAUGUGUAUCAUAUUACAUAUGAUACCCUCUCAGAAGAUGACAUGCCAUUCAAUACUGGCCUGCCAGCAUGUGAGGGUAGAAACGCUUCGAGAAUUCGCGACAGAAUUAUUCCCAUGUUGUAA